AUGAGAUACAAAAUACCGAUAUUGGUAGUAUGUCUCAUCGUACUCGGUUGUUCAUUAACCACUUCCAUCAUUGCAUUAUUGGUAGAACUCACUAGAAAUUAUAUCCCCUUAUUAUUAUUCAUCGUUGCAGGAUUCUUGAUCUCAAUUGUAACUUUGAUUAAUUGUAUCAUAUUGAUGAUUGUAAGCUAUCAGAAUUUACUUCAGAUCAUCAUCCAAAUCCUUGCAUCGGUGUUUUAUGUGGUUACUGGGGUCUAUUUAAUAGUUCAAUUACUUGCAAAGAGAAUUAGCUUCCACUAUAACAAUUUACAUAAUUGGGAUAUUAUAAUUUCCAUAAUUUUCAUGGUUAAUAUCGUUUUCAUGGCAUUAUCAUUAUUGUUAAUCAUCAUGUUAUAUUAUAAGAUUGUGAAAGAAAACCUUCAACAAAUGAAUAAUGAGGAACCAGGUGAAUAUUCAGAAGCUUCAUCCAAUAAAACUAAAAUAAGAUAUUCUGAUGAAAAGGAUUAUUACAUAAAUCCAGCUACAAACUUGGAGAAUAAUUUCAAUAUUGGAAUCACUAAGAAAAUGAGUGAAAAGACCCUUAUUGGGAAUGAUAAUCAUAACAAAGAUAAUGAUGAUAUUGUUCCAAGUAAUGAAGAGUCAGCAGAGUUGGACUUUAUAUUAAAGAAAUCAAUGGAAAUGCAACAUACUGAUAGAAGUUUCCUUGAUUAUAACAACGAUGAUAAUUGGAUGUCAACUGGUUUGAAUUCAAUUUCAUUUAAACAACACUUAUCAAAGACUCAAUCUUCACCUGAUUUGAUUUCAAAAAGUAGUAGAUUUGGUUUAUUUGCUGGCAGAUCAAAAUCGAAUCUUAAUUUAAAUCAAACUAAUCAUUCUCAUUCUACAUCACUUGCAAAUUCAAAAUCAACAUCUAAUUUAAUAUAUGAUCAUAGUCAUACUAGAAGUAUCAAUAAUAUAAUCUUAGCCAAUCAAAUGUCAACCAAUAAUAAAUCAAAUAAUAAUAGAAACUCAAUGCCAAAUUUAACUGAAAGUAAUUCAAAACUUUCCCUUUCAACAAUCUAUACUGAUGCAUCAUUAACGGGAGCUUCCAGAAGUGCUUCGUUGUUAAUUUCACACAAUUGUUCUGAACAUACAUUAUCGAAAUUAACCUUGAAUGAAGUGAAUGAAGAUUUCCAUCUUGAUUCCGAAGCUUUGAAAAGAUCAAAAUCAACCAGUUAUAUUAAUACCCGAUCUUCAAAAUCAAAACAACAAACUUUAAUGUCGAUAAAUGGGGAACGAAACUUCUUAUCUCAAGUUAACGAAUCAUUAUUACCAUCGGUAUUAAAGUCAAGUGAAAGUCCCAUCAUGAAACUGAAACGGAAACAAGAAGCUUCUUUGAAUACUGUCCAUUUUGAAACUGCACCUCCUACUCUUGAAGAAACUAUAGAACCUCAACCACCAUUAGAACCUGAUUAUAAUUUAGUUCCUUCAUUAAGUCCUGUGGGUGAAGUUGAUGAUACCAAUUCAAAACAUUCCGAUCAUAGUUUUAAUAUCCCGUAUGGUAAUGAAUUUGAUGAACCUAUAGAUCAAAGUAAUUUUGCUGAUUUUGAUGCAUCUUAUAAUAUCCCAAACAUUAAUGAAAAGGGAAUACAACAAACAAGAGAGAAGAAAUCAUAUCAAGUUAUAAAACCUCCCGAUGAAUCAUAUCCAUAUACAUUGAAUGGACUUGAAAAGAUCCCCAAAUCAACUUCAAAUGAUGCUAUUAAAUGGAAUGUAUCUCGAAAUGCAUCUGGGGUGAAUAAUAUAACAUUGGACGAAUGGAAUACUCAAUCUAACUUAUAUCAAAGUAAUAUGAAUAGAGGUGGUGCCAAUCUUAGUAUCCCUGGGUUAUCUCAUGUGGUUUCAGAUCAUAAUCUUAAAUUGUUAGAUAAUACCAGUGAUAAUAAAGGAGGAUCAGAUUAUAUUGAUGAUGAUAUGUUGUUACCACGUAAGGAAGGAAUGAUUGAUAAUAUUGAUAAUUUGAGUGAUAUUCAUACAUCAAGCAGUAAUGAUAAACAAGGUUCAUUAAGACUUACAUCACUGAGUAGAUCCUAUAGUGCUCCAUCAUUAUAUACUUUCCGAGAUUAUGUUGAACAAACCAAUAAUCAAAAGCAUCAACAAAUAUAUCAGCAAUAUUCAAAUUCAAAACUUCCUGAAUUAGUUCUUUCUCUGGAAUUUACUUUAAAACCGUGUCGAACUCCAGAAGAAGAUUAUACAAAUAAGUUCACUGUCAAUACAUCACCAAUGAAAAUGUUAAUUGAAAGUCCUAAAAGAGUCGCUAGUUCAAUCAGAAGACAAUCAAGAAGAUUCAGUAUUGCUAUGAGUAAUGAACCAUCAAUCAGUAAUCAUAAACAUAAGAGUUCAGUAGCAUCCAACUUCUCAACUAAAUCAGCUACAUCUUCUCGUUCAGGAUCUCCAAGAAAAUCACUUCGUUCACUUAUGACUUCUUCAAAAUCUCACCAUAGACAUAAUUCAUCAGUACCAACCUUUAGUUUAUCAGUUCCUUCACUUCCUAAGAAGCAUGAGAGUAACAUCGCAGAUAUGUACAUCAUUUCACAAGAUUUAGCCCCAUCAUUCCCCCUUCCUGAUGAUCCAUCUGACUUUUGGGAAUUGGAUACUAACGCUGGUUCAGAACGAUCCAGAAUUAGUUCGUUACCAAGUGCCGUGAUUGGAGAAUACGAUAAAGAAAAAUGGAGAACGUUAAAGGCACUUGAAAAUAAAGAGAAACUAAUGACUGUAAAUAUAGAUAAUUAA